AGUAUUUUUUAAAAGGCCCAUUACCCCAAUUAUCUUGCACUAUAGUCUGGUGGGUAUACUAAUCUUCAAAUGACUCCGUAAUGCAUUGAUGCAAUACCGAACGUAAACUACCGAUAUAAACUAAAGCCGAAGGAUUCAAUUCCAAACUUUAAUGACAACCCACGCAGACAUUAUGUGACAAUGAGUGCCUUGAGACAUAUCGUCCCAGGGCAAGGUUACCACCAUCCAAUCCAGGGAGCGUGACACCAUCUAUACUUUAUGCUGCAUUCCCAAACUCCCGACCCUCCUUGUCCCUAGUCGGAUAGGAAAACAAGAGCUAGACCAAAUUGUUUUGUGCUCUUAUGUUGAUGCUGCACUGACUGUCAAAGGACCGUAAGGCAGUGUCAACUAACAUGUGGUAAAAAUAUAUAUAAAAAAAGGAGAAAGUGGAGGAACGAAUGUCAGAAGAAAAAAAAAAAGAGAUGGGAGAGAUGAUGUCUCGGAGGAUUUCAGGAUCAGCCAGUCCUUCGAUGACGUCCGAUGCGCAGCUAACUGCCGCCGUCGUACCAAACCAGCCUAUAUCCUGCUUGCAGACAAUGCAACAGCAAGCACAAAGUACCCGAACGUUGGGGUAUAAAAGGAGAGAGCAUCAUCCAUCUAGCAGUCAUCUCUCUUCUGUGACGAGACGAUCUGUGAAUAAACUCUUCAGUCCAGCUAGUCCACUUCUGGCCGCCUGUGGAGUUCUUUAAAAAAAAAGAGAUAUCGAUAUCAGUAUGAAAUUGGCUUUGUUGACGGCGAUGUUAGCAGCGGUGCUUGUGCUGGGAGUUGAGCAGGCCGCUGCGGCUCCUGCCGAUUCUUCAAUAGCAACGGGUCGCCGUCUACUGCAUUCGUCGAAUCCGACCUCACACACUAAAUCAAUGGAUUCAUGGCUACGUUGGCUUCUAUUUCAUUCACGAAUUGGAGAAAAGGAGAAAACCAAGAAUGCUGUACCUAUGGCCAAUUCCUUCCAGUUGGCGAGAACUCAAAUCGACCUCAGCAAUCCAAAACAGCAAAAAAUACCGAUGAGCAUGCAGGGCAAUAACAGCAACGACGACGAUGACACAACAGCAUUCGGUGACGAAGACUUCGCAGACGAAGAAGUCCAACUUCUUUUACCGGAAGGACGUCAAGCGGCCAGCAAACGACAGCCGGACGACUACGGUCACAUGCGCUAUGGCAAACGUGAUUUUGAUGAUUAUGGGCAUAUGCGAUUUGGACGUCGUUGAAAGAACAUAAAUAAAACAAGACAAACGAAAAAGAGUUACUCACGCGUCAGAUACAGCACAGCGCUCGCUUCCAUGUUAAUUUGUUGUCUUCCCCAAACUAUAUUUAUCGGCAGUCCCGUGCUUAACCGCUACUAAAAAAAGAAACCUGUCUUAUUAAUAUCUCCGAAUUAUUGUGGUCUUUUAUGACCUGCUGUUACCCGUCUUCUCCUUGAAUCAUAAUGUUCCAUACGCAUUACUUCUUCGAUACUGGCUAGAGCCCAUUCAGCCGCAUACAAAAAUACGUAUUCACCAAUGUAUUUCAAUUAUGCAUGACUCGGGCCUGCAUGUGAAAACUAGCACACAAACGACCAUGAAACGCUUUCCGUGAUGUUGCUAAUUCAAAGUUAUGGUGAAUAUAUCGAGCUAAAUACCAAGUGUAUCUUGAAGGAUGAAUACCUAUUCUGGCCAACUGGAAUACACACUUUGCCAUCCUUAA